AUGGCGGACCUUGACGAAAGAUCCCGAACGGUUGUUGAAGUGAUUAUUAAAGAAUGCUUACGAAAGUUGCAAGUUCUGGGCUGGUGUACGAAAAACGAACAAUUGUGCGACACUAGCGGAACAUAUUCCAUCGCUCGGUUGCUGGAGAACAGAAGCCACGGUUUACAUGCCGUUUUGAACGAAAUACGCUCCCAUUCGAUCGACAACUUCUCAGGCUCCCUUGAUGUGGUAUCAUCGUUAGACGAUGGUGAAAUAAAAUUCGAUAGUAGUUGCUCCGGUGAAGAGAGACUUUAUUAUGAUCGGUUCGAAUACGUGAGCCGUUCCAAAGAGUUGGCGCGCUUGCGCAACGGCUUAAGGAUCGUAAAAUUCAAAUGCCACGAACAAAAUCAAAAGUUACAUCUGGAGUCACAAAAUGCAAUGUUGAAACAUCGUUUUGUGCAAUACUGGGAAGCAUCGCGCAAGGAACAACUGCGGCACACGAUCGAUCUACAGGCUGAGCAAGUUGGGAACGAACUAGCUUUGAAACGGCGAGACAAAACACAAGCCUUGCGCGCAACGACGGCAAUCGAAGAGUACUACAACUGGAAGCUGGCCGAUAUUGAGCUACAAAUCGAAGGAUGGAUGAAUCGGUUCGAUAGCGAAAAAGAGGUCCAAGAUUCACGGUUCCAAAAGGCCCGGGCAACAGAAAAACAGUGGAACGAACUGCGGGACAUCUACGAACAUCAGGAGCGCGAAAUCGAGAGGCUACAGAAAGAGCUGACGCGCUGGACUCCAGCAGAAACUAAUUAUCCGUCUCAAGCAAACAAGAGUGGCACGGAACAACAGUAA